GGGGUUAGCCGCCAGGGGAGUCCAUUUUCUUUGCAGUGCACGCCGCGAUAUAGGGAGAAGAGAGGAAGGCGUGAAGAGAAGAGAACCUCCUCUCCCCCCCCCCCUCUCUCUCUAUCUCUCUUGCGCUCCACUCCUGUGCAUCAGUGAGCUUCAGGCGGCUCCACGCCGCAUUGACGCUGCUCCAUCCCACUCAACUAAAUCGGUGGACCCAAUUUGCACCAGAUUUUUUUUAAUCUUGUUUGUUUCUCCUUCACGGAUAUGCACCGGAUUCCUUCCUAUCCUCUUCGCUCAUUCCAAUGAGGCGUCGCUCCCCGCUACCCGGUGAUGAUGAAUGCAGAUGCGGCACAGCCACAAGUUUGCGCCUGUUUAUGUAUAUCUUGACUGAGACGGCGAGCCUUCCGCGCUGUCUCCAACAUGGGUGUUGACUAAAUGGAAGAGCAGAAGAGUACAUGAAGGUGCGCUUUCUGGGUUUCCAACUCUCACCAUGCAGAUCCUCUCACCUGCGAUAUUAUUUGUGUUUUUCCUUCUAAAUGCACACUUGUGUUUGUCCAUAAGAAACAAUGCGCAAGGGCACAUCAAAGAGGACGUAACUUCCAGCGGGUCACCCCGGGAGAUUCGCCAAAAAAUAGCAAGAGACAGUCCUACAGGUGAGUCCGCCAUCAUCCGAGGGACCUUAAACUCUACGCACCCGCGGAAACGAGGGGUCGUGACAGAAGCAAGGCGCUUGGCGCGCAACAAGCAAAUUUUGAAUAGGACGGUGACACCCGUGGAGGAUGCGGUCUUACAUUGGGAUCAGACCCGCCACCGUAGUAAGAGGAUAAAGUUGAACGACGGGCCGAGAAGUGGGGGCACGCCGGCAGGUGGACACCACAAUGCGCCUAAGCCUUCUUCAACGGGGGAGGGAGAUCGACACAGGAGGGGUACCAAAGAGGAGAAAGCUUGGAAGAGGGGGAGAACCCGCUUGAACAAAAGCUCAGGGGCUCACACAUCGCCAUGGGAACCCAUCCCCAAGCCGCUGGCCCUGACAUCCACCGACGCGCCCUUUGACCUUCUCACCAGGAGGCCCGAACUCUUCACAUUCCGAGAGGACAACCCAUGGGACGCCACGCCGAUCACGCCGCCUGGCUCGCAGGACUUCGGCGACGAGAUCAAGAAUCCCUUCUACCCGGUGACCAGCGAGACGUACGGCGCUUACGCCAUCACUUGCGUGUCAGGGGUCAUCUUCCUUGUGGGAGUCGCCGGUAACAUCGCCAUCCUGUGCAUCGUGUGCCAGAACUACUACAUGAAGAGCAUCUCAAAUUCAUUGCUGGCUAACUUGGCUGUGUGGGAUUUUGUGCUCAUCUUGUUCUGCCUGCCCAUGGUGGUCUUCCAUGAGUUGACCAAGUCUUGGCUACUGGGGGAAUUCACCUGCAGGGUGGUGCCAUAUAUGGAGGUGGCCUCCUUGGGCGUGACAACAUUCACCCUGUGCGCCUUGUGCAUCGAUCGCUUCCGGGCGGCCACCAAUGUGCAGAUGUAUUACGAGAUGAUCGAAAACUGCACGUCUACCACGGCCAAGCUAGCCGUCAUCUGGAUCGGAGCGCUCCUGUUGGCGCUGCCCGAGCUGCUUAUCCGGCAACUGGUGGUGGAAGAGGCCGAAAUCCCGGACGAACCUCCCGAGGAACGCUGCAUCAUCCGGAUCUCCACGUCCCUCCCCGACAUGCUCUACGUGCUGGGCUUGACGUACGAGGGCGCCAGGCUGUGGUGGUGCUUUGGCUGCUACUUUUGCCUCCCCACGCUCUUCACCAUCGGGUGCUCGUUGGUGACGGCGCGGAAGAUCCGACACGCCGAGCAGGCCAGCGUGCGAAGCAACAAGAAGCAAAUACGCCUAGAGAGCCAGAUGAACUGCACGGUGGUGGCGCUGGCCAUCGUCUACGGCGCCUGCGUGGUGCCCGAGAACAUCUGCAACAUCGUUUCGGUGUACAUGGCGGCCGGCGUUCCCGAGAACACCAUGUCGGUGCUCCACCUCCUCUCACAGCUGCUGCUCUUCUGCCGUGCGGCAGUGACGCCCGUGUUGCUCCUGCUCUUGUGUCGCCCGCUGGGCAGGGCCUUUUUGGACUGCUGCUGUUGCUGCUGCUGCAGCCGUACGCCCUCCUCCACUACAGCCAGUGACGAUAACGAACACGAGUGUACCACCGAGCUGGAGUUGUCGCCGUUUAGCACCAUUCGCCGUGAGCUGAGCAACUACACACCGGCAGGAUCUCAUUGCUAAUAUGUAGGUCCGUUUGCCUUAUAUGUUCCAAUCACCACAUACAAUGGGGCAAAUAAGUAUUUAGUCAACCACCAAUUGUGCAAGUUCUCCUACUUGAAAAGAUUAGAGAGGCCAGUAAUUGUCAAAAUUGGGUAAACCUCAACCAUGAGAGAGAGAAUGUGAAAAAAAAAAACAGAAAAUCACAUUGUUUGAUUUUUAAAGAAUUUAUUUGCAAAUCAUGGUGGAAAAUAAGUAUUUGGUCCAUACCAAAAGUUCAUCUCAAUACUUUGUUAUGUACCCUUUGUUGGCAAUAACGGAGGCCAAAGGUUUUCUGUAAACGCUUGGUGUAAAGAAAUCAACUGUGGGAGCAAUUAUUAGAAAAUGGAAGACAUACAAGACCACUGAUAAUCUCCCUCGAUCUGGGGCUUCAUGCAAGAUGCAAAAAUCCCAGAACCACAAGGGGAGGGGGGGUCUAGUGAAUGACCUACAGAGAGCUGGGACCACAGUAACAAAGGCUACUAUCAGUAACACAAUGCGUCACCAGGGACUCAAAUCCUGCACUGCCAGACAUGUCCCCCUGCUGAACAAAGUACACGUCCAGGCCUGUCUGCGGUUCGCUAGAGAGCAUUUGGAUGAUCCAGAAGAGGAUUGGGAGAAUGUGUUAUGGUCAGAGGAAACCAAAAUAGAACUUUUUAAUAGAAACAGUUUCUCUUGUUUGGAGGGGAAAGAAUACUGAAUUGCAUCCGAAGAACACCAUACCCACUGUGAAGCAUGGGGGUGGAAUUAACUUGCUUUGGGGCUGUUUUUCUGCAAAGGAACUAGGACGACCAAUCUGUGUAAAGCAUGGGUGUCCAAACCUGUCCUCAAGGGCCGCUGUGGGUCCUGGUUUUUGUUCCUACCAAUCGAGCACAGACGGUUUAACCAAUGAAGUUUGCGCUAAAACAAGCAGCACCUGACUGCAAUCAGCUGAUUACACUUGUGAGACACCAGAUUGGUGAAAAAAUGUCAUCUUGUUUGGUAGGAAUGAAAUCCAGCACCCACUGCGGCCCUAUGUGGAAUAGUUUGGACACCACUGGUGUUAAGGAAAGAAUGAAUGGGGCCAUGUAUCGAGAAAUUUUGAGUGAAAAUCUCCUUCCAUCAGCGAGGGCAUUGAAAUGAGACGUGGCUGGGUCCUUCAGCAUAACAAUGAUCCCAAACACACAGCCAGGACAACAAAGGAGUGGCUUCGAAAGAAGCAUUUCAAGGUUCUGGAGUGGCCUAGCCAGUCUCCAGAUCUCAACCCCAUAGAAAUCUGUGGAGGGAGUUGAAAGUCCGUGUUGCCCAACGACAGCCCCAAAACGUCACUGCUCUAGAGAAGAUCUGCAUGGAGGAAUGGGCCAAAAUACCAGCAACAGUGUGUGAAAAGCUUGUGAAAAGUUACAGAAAACGUUUGGCCUCCGUUAUUGCCAACAAAGGGUACAUAACAAAGUAUUGAGAUGAACUUUCGGUAUUGACCAAAUACUUAUUUUCCACCAUGAUUUGCAAAUAAAUUCUUUAAAAAUCAAACAAUUUGAUUUUCUGUUUUUUUUUCCACAUUCUGUCUCUCAUGGUUGAGGUUUACCCAUGUUGACAAUUACAGGCCUCUCUAAUAUUAUCAAGAGGGAGAACUUGCAACAUUAGUGGUUGACUAAAUACUUAUUUGCCCCACUGUACACGCAUAACAGAGUUGAUCUUCAUUUAUUACCGUCCGUGUUCGCAACUCCCUUAUAUUACAUAAACUAUAAAGAGUUUUUUGAGUUAAGAGCUUGGUGGAUUUUCUUUCCUACUUUGUGUUGUGUGCCAAAAUUUGAAUUGCGAGCAGGCUUCAGGGAGGUAAGAGAUGAAGACACUCAACAACAAACCUGUCUGUGUGUUUGGCUGAGUUACACCUUACAGUCCCUGACAAAAGUCUUGUCGCUUAUCCAUUUUGUAGAAACAAUUGCUAAUAACCUGCCUUUUAAUUAUUCAAUUGGUUUCAGAAAUGGCUCAUAUGAAAGCUAAGACCCUCCCAAAUGAUGUUGAAUGUACAAAAAUAUAUUUGUUUCACUGAAAAAAUAUUGAUAAUUUAAUGAAGACAUAAAGGUCAAAUUUUGGCA